AUGAGUAUUGUUAAAUCACGUACUAAAAAUCGUUCGAGAACAAAAGAAUUUAUUUCUUUACUCGAGAAAAGUACUUUAGGUGUAAUACAACCUAAAACAAAAAGGGAUUUGUAUCAUGCUGCAAUUAAUAAUAUUGGAGGAGCUUUCGUUUAUUCACGAGAUUUGAAAGGUCAUUUCUCGUGCGUUAAUGCAAUAAAUUUUAGUAAUGGCGAGGCACAUAUGUUAGCGUCUGGUGGUGACGAUAAACGUGUGCUGAUUUGGAAUGUAUGUGGUGACAUUGAGAAAACUAAACCAAAGAAAUGUUUCAAGGGUCAUACGAGUAAUAUAUUUUGUACAAUUUUUGAUUCAACAAAUCGCCAUGUUUUAUCCUGUGGAAAUGAUAAAUUAAUCAUUUAUCAUGAUUUGGAACAUGAAAGCGAGUUUCACGUGCCAGAUACAUUUACUGGACAUAAAGAUGCCGUACAAUCAGUUGCAUUUGAUCCAUUUAAUGAUCAUUUAUUCUUGUCGGCAAGUCAAGAUGGUACGGUGAAACUAUGGGAUAUACGUUGUAGAGUUGACCAAUGUCAAGGAGAGAUCCGAAGUUUAGCGAAUAUGACACACGCUCAAUACAAUCCUACAGUUGAAAAUCAAUUCAUUACUAGCGAUGGCAUUGGCGAUGUAGUAUUGAGAGAUACUAGAAUGGCUUUUAAUUCCAGAGAUUCUCUUUUAACAACAUAUUCAGAAGAUUAUUUAAUGAAGUAUUAUACGACAUUAUCGCGUAGUUCUAAAAACGCUAAACCUGAUAUAUCUUCAGUGACAUUUAAUCCUUCUGGAAAUAUGUUGUGUGCCACUAUAAACCGUUAUUAUCCAACACUAUAUAAUGUUUGUGAUGAAAAACCUUUAUGUAUUUUUUCAUCAUAUUACGAUUCAGAUACACAAACUGGAUACAAAAAUUGUUGCACUUAUAAACAAGGACAUUUUGGUGGUCCAAAUGGAGAAUAUUUCCUUUGUGGAAGUGAUGAUUUCAGAGUUUAUAUUUGGAAAGUCCCAGAAGUAGAAACCAUGCUGAAGAAUCCAUCAAUAAAAAAUAUAGAUGAAAUAA